AUGGCUAAACCUAUACCAAAAAUUGGUUCGCGUAAAAAUGGACGUAUUGGUUCGCGUAAGCAUGCUCGUAAAAUACCAAAGGGGGUUAUUCAUGUUCAAGCUAGUUUCAUCAGUACCACUGUGACUGUUACAGAUGUUCAGGGUCAGGUGAUUUCUUGGUCCUCCGCAGGUACUCUUGGGUUCAAAGGUACUCGGAGGGGAACGCCAUUUGCAACUCAAAUCGCAGCAGGAAAUGCUAUUAGAAUGGUUGCGGAUCAAGGCAUGCAACGGGCAGAAGUCAUGAUAAAAGGUUUCGGUCUCUGA